AUGAAGUUCCUCGCCGGUGUCUCGGUCCUGGCCUCUCUGGCCAGUGCUGCCUCUGUCGAGCUUGGCAGACGCGCCAGUCCCCUCGAUGUCAAACUCGAGAUGGUUGGCAACACUGCUGUCAAGGCCACCAUCACCAACAACGGUGCCGAGGAUUUGAAGGUGUUCAAGACCGGAACCUUCCUUGAUGAUUCCGCUGUUGAGAAGGUUGAGGUUUUCCAGUCUGCUUCCAAGAUCGCCUUUGACGGUCUCCGCCUCCAAGUCAGCACUACGGGCCUCACCGAUGAUGCCUUCCAGACCAUCCCCGCCGGGGAGGUGGUCGAAGCCACCUUCGACAUCGCCGAGAUGCACGACCUGAGCGUUGGCGGCGAGUUCGACGUCAUCUCCACAGGCGCCAUCUCCUACGCCGAGGCCGACUCCACCGAGAUUGCUGGCAUCGUCCCCUUCAGCAGCAACACUCUCACCGCCGCUGUCGAUGGUGUUCAAGCCCGUGAGGCCCGCGACAACUUCCUCAACAAGCGCACCAGCGUCCAGUCGGAUUGCACCGGCACUCGCCUGACCGCCACCCGCAACGCUCUAACCAACUGCCGUGCCCUUGCCGCAGCCGCCUCCUCCGCUGCUGCUUCCGGUGCCGCUGCCAAGAUGACUGAGUACUUCAAGUCGUCCACUACCGCCACCCGAUCCACCGUUGCCACCGUCUUCUCUCGCGUCGCCUCCGAGUGUGGCAGCACCACCAGCGGUGUCUCUCGCUACUACUGCUCCGACGUCUACGGCGCCUGCAGCAGCGGUGUUCUGGCUUACACGCUCCCUUCAUCUAGCUACAUGGUCAACUGCCCCUUGUACUUCACUGGCCUGACUGCCUUGUCCCGCACUUGCCACGCCCAGGACCAGACUACUACCACCCUCCACGAGACCACCCACUUGACUCAGAUCAAGGGGACGUCCGACUAUGGAGUUUACGGAUAUAAUGCCGUCCGUGCCCUGUCUGCGGCUCAGAACUUGAACCAUGCUGAUACUUACGCCCUGUUCGCCAACGCUAUCUACGUUGGCUGCUAA